GGAGCGGGCAGGAAGGAGACUCCACUCUUUGGAAGGCUGUUUUUUUUUUUUUUUUUUUUUUUUUUAAACUUCUAAAGGCUCUAAACUGCAUUUAGGACCUCUAGAAACUUUUGCGACAAACCGGGAGAGUGCGAGUAUGUGGUUGGAGCCACGGGCGCUGUAGGAUGAAGAGCCCGGCGCACCGCACCAGGGACAUCGAACGGCAAGCUGGCUACCUGAAGCCCGAGCACUGCGCCCCUCCCCCGCCCCGCACUGGCUCCGACACCAUGUGGUUCAUCCGUGACGGCUGCGGCAUCGUGUGCGGCAUCAUUACCUGGUUCCUGAUCUUCUACGCCGAGUUUGUGGUGGUGUUUGUCAUGCUGCUGCCGGCCAAGAGCGUGAUAUACAGCCUCUUCAAUGGGGUGAUCUUCAACGGCCUCGCUUUCCUCGCCCUCGCGUCACACGCCAAGGCGAUGUGCACAGACCCGGGAGCCGUGCCUAAAGGGAACGCUACCAAAGAAUUUAUCGAGAGCCUGCAGCUCAAACCGGGACAGGUGGUGUACAAGUGUCCCAAGUGCUGCAGCAUCAAGCCCGACAGAGCUCACCACUGCAGUGUGUGUAAACGCUGCAUCAAAAAGAUGGACCACCACUGUCCCUGGGUGAACAACUGUGUCGGAGAGAACAACCAGAAAUACUUUGUGCUCUUCACGAUGUAUAUUGCACUAAUAUCCUUCCAUGCGCUAAUCUUGGUGGCCUUCCAUUUUGUUUUCUGCAUUGAAGAAGACUGGGCAAAGUGCAGUAACUUCUCUCCACCAGCAACUGUCAUCCUCCUCAUCCUCCUCUGCUUUGAGGGUCUCCUCUUUCUGAUCUUCACCGCAGUCAUGUUUGGGACCCAGGUCCACUCCAUCUGUACCGAUGAGACGGGUAUCGAACAGCUUAAGAAGGAGGAGAGAAGAUGGGCCAAAAAGUCAAAAUGGCUGAAUAUGAAGGUGGUGUUUGGCCAUCCGUUCUCUAUAUCCUGGCUGAGCCCCUUUGCAACUCCUGACCACGGCAAGGCAGACGUGUACCAGUACAUUGUGUGAAAGCUGGAAGCCUAGCUGAGCUCUGCUUCUGUAGACUUGGACUGAUCAAUCUUGGUCUGCCCUCCUAUUGGCGGGACCUCAACGAGCAUGAACUCCUCUUAACCACUUCUACAUAUUCUUUCCUUUAUGGAUACUUCAUUUAUUGAUAUUUCAGGGUGUUUUGCUGUAAGCUAUUACGUUGUCAAAGUAUGUUUAUUUUUUAAAAACCUUCUUCAUUUUAUUGUUUCCCUCUUGGUGCUGAAUGAGAUUAAUGAGCUGUAGCUGUACAAAAAAAAAACCUCUACAACUUGACAAGAAGCACUUAAUAAGAGUUGGCAAUACCAAGAGACUAAGUUCUGCCUUCUCCGGGGGAAAAAAACCUGCAGUAUGUCUGAUCAUUUCCUGCUUCCAAGACUAAACAAUGUGAAACUGAAGUCCAGAAAGUUUUUGCUCAAAGAAGUGCAGUUCGGUGCCAAGGUGGGACACCGGGUUUUGUCUUCCUGUAAACAUUGUCGUGAUCCUGUCACUUCUUUAUUCGCUGUAUUUCUGUCGUUGCAAUAGUCUUUUGCUGAGAUGAUUUGCCUUAGAACAGUGCAUUAGUGAACGGCAUCUCCUUAUUUUUUUAAAGACAUUUCUAUUAUUUUGCCUUAAUGUGACAGCUGAGACAGGAUCACAUUUGGUUAUAUACUAUUUUAAUUGCGUUUGUUGUAUCCUUCUCUGAUGCCAGAUCACUGUGAAGGACAUCCAUUCAAGGCUGUAGGACAGAGAGCAGCAAUAGCCUCACAGUGGCCAGUUGAAGUUAUAAUCCUUAAGAUAUGAGUCCAGGUGGGUUCGGCGAAACCUGUGGUUACCAUGGUAACAGCAAAUGUGAUUUUGAUAUUACAGCAAACACUUGUUGAGCAGCUACUUUGUCAGAAAUGUAACAGAAGAAAAACUGGAGUUUAAUCUUCAAUUUUCCAUCAUGUUUUCCCAGCAAUGUGCGUUCCCACCUACUACCGUUAUGCGCAUAUUAGGAGAUUCAUUGAGAUAAAACGUUGGUGGAGCUAACUCUUAGUUAGGAGAGGAAGAGGAUGCAACGAGAAGACGUACAUUUUUAAAGUUUUCUUGUUUCCACUCGGGUGUUUUUAAGGCACAAAUUGAAAGUGUGCACAAAAACAAGUGGCUGGAAACACACUUAGUGAAGCUGAUAUAAGUGAGAUAAAAGCCAAAACAGGCAAUAUCUUAACAAAUCUUAAGGUAUAUAAUUUAAAAAUCCCACAUCUCACGCAGGUUAAGAAUGUCUCGUUUCUCGGCUUGUACCUAAAGUCCUCCAGUUUGACCAGUGUCCUUCUUCUGAUCAUUCGACACCUCUUUGUGUAGUAAAUUAAGCUGACCUUUUUUUUGCAUGAAAAUUAUUUCCAUCACAGUCACCAGCUCAGAUGGACAGUCAGGGAAAAAAGCAAUACACAUUGCUCUCUGAAUGCACUGACCCUAAGUGUAAUUCACUCGCUCUCAAUUGAUGGAAUUUGCUUGUGGAUAAUCCAGUUUGUCAUAGAUUGUAGUUGUGAGCCCGACCGGAGGGAAAAAAGCCUUACAGGAUAAAACGUUGAUUCAACUUUAGGUCAAUGGAAAAUGUUCACCGAGGCCUGAAAGACCACAGUAGAAAUGCACAUUUUAAUUGUCACAGUUGUGGACAGCACUGGGCCACCCAGUGGGAAGAGAUUAUACAUUUUACCUUCGGUGAUGAGAACUUGAUGCAGAUAGGAAAUAGGCCCCUUCAAAGCAUUUAACACACAAAAUGCCUUUGCCCAAAUGUGUUCGAAAGCCUUACUGAAAUUAUGAAACAUGCUUUUGAGGGUGAUGAAAGGACAUAUUUGAACAUACAUGUUGCCAAAUUGAAUGCUUAAUGAAGGGAUUAAUAAAACCAUUUCAAGAGUAGAGCAUAGUCAAGAAUAAAAUGUUCCCAUCAUGUGGAGAUCCAACAAUUGCAAUCCAGUUUACACAUACAGUACACCAGCUUUCUUCUUUUUUCUUGAAUUGUUCAGUAUGUUCUUGUGGUCUGGUAUGAAUACUAUUUGUAGAAUUUACUGUGGACCACAGGAUGUUUUUUUUUUUUCUUUUUUAAUGUGGUAUUUGUUAAAAGGGGGGUGAAAUAAAGCUGUAUGUAUGUGACACAA